AUGGAAUUGGAAAAAAUUGAAGGCAAAAAUUAAGAAAAAAUUGAGGAAAUUCAGUUAGAAUUGGAAAGGCCAUAAAAAAGUAUAUUAAUGAAAGGACCUAACAUUAUUAUAUCUGGAAAUAAAGUAUAAUUAGCAUUCAAAGAAUCAGGAUAUGAAACUCUAAUUUUUUAGCCGCCAAUGACUAAUGAGAAUAGUUUAGUUAUUAACUUGAUAAAUGUAUAAAGAUUCAUUUCAUUAAAAGGGUUCUGGAGUUAGAGUGGGUAUAACUCUAAAUGAUCCUUCACUUAAUCUAAUUGAUUACCCGGUUGGAAUGCAUAAAUGUUAAUAUAGUUAUAGAGUAAAAGAUGGAUUUAAAUUUAAUGAUGGAAUUGGAAUUAAAUAUGGAAAUGGUAUCAAAAAAUCAGAACUUAUUCGAAUGCUAUUCAUUAAUAAUGAAUUAAUUUUUGAAGAAUAAGGUAAGUCUAUUGGUUGUGCUUUUAAAGUAUUACCAAUAAAGGAUGGAAAAUAUUAUCCAGCUAUUUCUAUUUUUUAAGAUGCUUAAGUUGAGUUUGUUUAUUAUUGA